AGUGACUAACCCAAUCAGAAGAAUUAUUACAGUUUUACUCGUGUGGAUUUUUCCUCUAAUAUUUUGUUAUAAGGAAAUAAUAAACAAUAAUUAAUAUAAAAAAUAAUGGCAGAUAAUGAUUUAGACGCCUUGCGUGCUGAGCGUAUGGCUCAAUUACAGCAACAAUACGGUAGCAGUGAUGGUAACAAUGCCGAAAAACAACAGGCCCAACAGGAGCAAAUGCGCCAACAAGAGGAAAUGAAGCACUCCAUACUUUCGCAAGUGUUAGACCAACAGGCACGCGCACGACUAAAUACUUUAAAAAUCAGCAAACCGGAAAAGGCCCAAAUGUUUGAAAAUAUGGUGAUACGCAUGGCCCAAAUGGGGCAAGUGCGCGGUAAGCUUGAUGAUGCGCAAUUUGUCAGUAUAUUGGAGAGCAUAAACGCUCAAAUGCCACAAAGUAAAUCAACAGUUAAAUAUGACAGAAGGCGUGCUGCCAUAGAUUCAGAUGACGAUGAUGACUAUGGCUGCUGAUUGUACGCUUUCGACAAAAGAAUGAAGGAAUCUGCGAUGCCAGAUAGUAACAAAUACUUAUUUUGUAAAAUGCAGAACUUUCAUAGAGCAGUAGCACACUUGCGACCAUACGACGUUUACAAAAUUUGUUUAAGCUAAUUAAUUUAAUAUUUAGGCAUUUUUUAAAGCACAAUACGAUUUGAAAGGUGCCGUAAAGUCUAUUUAUUUCUGCUUUCACUAACAUUUAAAAAUUGCUGAGAAAUUUACUUGUCCUAAUGCUAACCUCUAUUACGUAUAAUGCUAGAAACAUAGAAAGAAUAAACUUAAAUAAAACUUU